AAUCUUAGAACUCGAUUUCAGAAAGAACAAGCGUACUCCAGCUGUUGCAUGUAUCCAUACCGACGACAGCGCCGUUGUGUCUGAACGCAUCAGACCCGGGGAAUCUCCGCUCCAUCUCCGGACCGCCCGUGCACUCAGUACCAUAAGAUAAUACACCAUCGAAACCAUGCCGCCGCCAACAACCUGAGAGGACGCGCUCUAUUAUAAUACAGGUUGUGUAUACGCGCUACCCCUUCACGACCACGUUCUUGGAGACCAAACCAUGGCCGAUCCUGCGCAACAAACACCGCAAACCGCACCCGCCGUCGCGCCCAUACCGAACGGCACGCUCGCCGAGGACGUCGAGAUGGCGGAGUCAGCGCCCGCGCCUGCCACAGAACAGUCAGCCUCCACAGAAGCCUCCGCAGUCGCGCCCGAGUCCGCGCCUGCGCCCACAUCAGAGCCUCAAGCGCAACCGCCGCCCGUUCAACACGUGCAGCCCGCGCUCUCUGCACCCUCGCCGGCUCCAGCACCUGUAUCGUCGCGCAAUUCGCCGCAUCCCAGUGGGCCAGCGCAGAUCCCGGUGCAUGCGACGCUGCACGGGGCGCCGACACGGCAGUAUCUCAAUCAGCAUGUCACGCCGCAUUUGUUGGAGGCCAUGAAGCACUUGGUUACGGAAGAACCGGAGAAGCCGCUGGAGUACUUGAGCAAGUGGCUUGCACAGAAGAGUGCGGAGUUGGAGGGCUGAAGAGAGUUGGAUGGGAUGAGAAGGUGGAAAGCGGCGUGCAAUGGUUAAGAGGUCAGUUAUAUGGCUUGCAUAGGACAGGCGUUCAUGGUCACCAAAAGCUUUGAGGCGCAUCGUGACAGGCAUGAUACCCAUUAGGGCCGGGGAUUGUAGUUUAUUCACAUAUUCAUGUUCACGUUCGAAGUAUUGUGAGGAGCUGGAGAUCCAGCCCAGGGUAUCAAUUGAAGAGGCGUCCUCGGAC